CGACGGAUACGCCCGGGGGGCGCGGGGCGCCCCGCCAUGGAGGAGCUGGAGGAGAGGCUGCGCCGCAGCAACGCGCGGUUCGUGGACUCGCUGCAGCGGAUCAUAGAGAAGUACAAUUAUCCCUUUGAAGAUGAUAUACUUGUCUCUAUGGAAUCAUUGACUUAUGAUACACCCAUUGGACCACAGCUAUGGGGUGAUAUGUCAGAAAAAAACAUUAACGAAUGGAAGAAAAAAUUACAUAAGAGGGCCACACAAUGUCAAAAAAACACAGAAACACGAAAGCAAUGGAUCUCUGAUUUUGAAGAUGAAGAUUUAAAAGUACCUCAGGAACUUGCUAGAAAAUCCUUUAUAGACUCCUAUGAAGAGAUUCAAGUUGCUGACACAGAUACAGAAAGCGAAGCUGAUUUGGUUUCGAUUAGAAGAAAAUUUGAAAAUGUUAACCUCAAGGAGGACAUUCUACUUGUAAACCCUUCUGAGCUGGAAAUGAGAGAGAAAGUUAGAGUUCGUGUGGAUGUGAUAGUACAAGAUGAUGAAAGAAACAUCCCUAAAUGGAUUAUGGUUGCACCUGGAGAAAAAUCAAAGCGUCUUCACAUAACAUCUCCAUGGCAAGACUUGAUGGGUAUGACUAAAUCUCCAGUUGCAGAUAAGAUAACUCUACCCAGACAUAUACCUUUUCUGGAAAAAAAUGAAACGGGCUAUGAUAGCUUCAUGGAAGAGUACCAGUCUGCAAAUGAAGAAUGUUCCUGGAACAAUGUCACACUUGCAGAUUUGUAUCCAGGAAUGGUGGAGACACUUAGCAAGUUGAUGAACAAACACUCUCAGAAAAAAGCAGCUGAUUCCAUAAUCAGACACUACAAACACAGAGGAUGGCCUCCUAGAAAAUCAAAGCUUAAUGUCACCAUAGAAAGAAUAAGAAGGUUCAGGACAUCUAAACUGAAGCCUGUGCUGCCUAAUACAAAUAGUAAUGAUCAUAAAUUGCCUGUUGGAAAUAAUUUAAAUGAGAGUAACCAACUUCUUCAUGAUGGCAAAUGUCAGACACGGUGUGUGACUAAUGGUGAAUCUGGUAUGGUAUCUUACCCACAUGUUAAUACAAGUGAAAUGGAAAUAGAUUGGCCUGGAAAUUUAGAAGAUAAUUCAUACAUUCAAAGAAUAGACCAAAACAUCUCAGAGUCUGUUUUUCCAAAUGUUACUGCUAGAACAGAAGAAACAUUUCUAACUGAGGAUCCACCUCAGACCACCGUGUCACUACAUGACUCAAAAGGCAGCCCAAAUGGGAAGCUGCCUGAAGUACUUUCUCUGGGAUGCUUUUCUGUAACUUGCACAACAUCUCCUUGUCUAGUGAAAGAGAGCAAGAACGGCAAAACUGACAAUACAGCUUUCGAUGGUACAUCAGGGUUCCAUUUGUCCACUUGCAACUUGAAUGGUGAUGCUAAUACCUUUCCACCACUUAACAACUAUUCUCUAGUAAGAACAUCAAAUGCAUUAAUCAGAAAUCCUGAAAUAAAAACUUUCAGGGGAGGUUUUUCACUGCAGCGCAGUCAUUCUUUUUCCUCACUUCCUGUGAAUCAAAGUCCAGUCAAGACUCACCAGAAAUGUGAAGAUGAAUUUGAAAAACUUUACCAGAAGCUGUGCCCCAAAGAACUUCAGAAACCUCUUAAGAUUAGAAAGCCUCUUUCAAACACUAAAGAAAAAGGACUAAUCAAGUCCUACUUCUGUAAUUCUGUAAAGUCUCAUAAAAAAUAUGAUAGUGCAUUUGAUGAGGUUUAUCAGAGAUUGUGUUCUGAAGGGUUUCCAAAACUGCCCACAUUUCUGAGAGCUUCGAACUUAAGGAAAUAUGAAGGCAUACAGAUGUCAGAAACUGUAAAUGCUUUAAUUAACUCACCCAUACGAACUUUACCUGCAGUUACCAGAAUUAAAAGAGUAGCAGAUUUCCACAAUGAAGAUCUUUUGUCUUCACCUGUAAAGAGACUGAAAAAUAUACCUGAAGAUAUUUUUCCUAGAGCAAGUAAUCAGUCUCCUCAUAGAAAAAAUAUUAAUCCUCAGACAACUGGCCUGGAUUUCUCAAGUGUGAUGGAUGGGAUUGUUCCUGGCAUAUUUGAUAGCCCUAAUUGUCAAAGUCAGGCAUCUGAAAACUUUGAUUCUGGGUUUCAUACGUCUUCAAAUCACACUUAUCCAGUUAGUCCAAGUACUUUUGUGCAAGAAUCCAGGAUUGCAAAUGUCUAUGCAAGUAUCCCUAGAACAUUGCAAAGUAAUGGCUCAUCCAGAAGUGCACAAAAAUAUUAACAAAGGGUAUCCAGAAAACUCAGCUACAAUGAUGGGAGAGAGAAAAGCGCAGGUGUUCUUUUGGAAGACUUCAUCACUAAAGAUACAGAAGGAGCAUUUCUGGAAGGCUACAGAGAGAAUAUUAUUUUAUAAAUUUGUAAAGACAUCAAAGACAUUUUAAUUAACCAUUGCAAUCUGAAAAUUGCAUUUUUUGGUAGGGAGAGAGCUGAGGAAUAGUGCUCUAGUAUAUAGUUAGUCCUGCUAUGUACGUUCCCUCUCGUCCAAAAUAAUUCCUUGGAGACCAGCUUUGCCUUCAGCCAAGGUGGGCAGGGCACCUUUCCUUAAUGAGGAGUCAUUCAUUUGGCCCCAGAAGUCCACUGGAGGGAAUCAAGAUUCCUUCUUUGGGCUGAAUUAUUUGUUAAACUUUUAUAUUUAGUAGUGUUUGCCGUAAUAGAAUGUGAUUUGCAUUUCUUUGUUUGCUUAUAGACAUGGAUUUUAAUAUGCUAAUAAUAAUGUACAUUGGCUUUGUAUUCCACCAGAAUUCCUAGCCUCUCCUGUGCACCCCUGCUUUAUAUAUGCACGUUAUUAAGCUCCUGGAAACACUGGUCUAGAAGAUCCAAAUGCAGUAUAAUGUAUUAUGACUUUGUAAUGUGGCUGUAUUAUCAGAUUUGCGGUUUUAAUGUUUAAUUUUCAAUUUACUUCAUCAUAAAUCUUAAUUGCGUAAUAAAUUUUUUAUACAUUC